AUGGCACUGCCCAUGAGGACGAUGAAGGCCGCCAUGAAGUCGAUGAAGGCUAUGAAGGCCAUGAAAGCUAUGAAGGCGAUGAAGGCAAUGAAGGCGAUGAAGGCGAUGAAGAAGGUCAGCGUCAUCGCCAAGGGAAAGCGCGCCAGAGCCUCCGUCUUCUCCGGCAACAAGGAGAAGACCUACACAGGACUGAAGAAGGGUGACCUUAUGAAGAACAAGCGUGGCAAGAUCGUCUCCAAGAAGUCCCACGCCUCUGGCAAGUCGAGCUACAAGAAGAUCAAGGGUUGGACUGAGGCAUGCCAGCAGGCCCGCAAAGAGCUCGGCAUCAAGGGCUUCUGCGCUAUCGGCGGAAAGAGUGCACAGGGCAAGGCGCUGUACGCCAAGGCUAAGUCCAUUUAUGCGGCAUGA